AUGAAGUUCAUGACCUUUGUCUGGAUGUUCGUCUUCGGUUCUUUUGUUCUUGACUCUGUUCAUCUCCUCAAGAACAUGAACAAAUAUACUUUAUCCAGAUCAUUUUUAUGUCCAUGUUAUGAAAAUGCACAGAGCCCAGAGUAUAUCGACAAGCAAAUGGCGUCGUGGCGUUCGGUAGCGGUGCUGCUGGUGGCGGCCGCGGCGGCGACGGCGACGGAGGGCCCGGCCGAAUCGGCGGUGGAGCGGCCGACGGCGGCGGCGGCGAUGACGGCAGCAGGAAAGAGAGGAGAACCCACUGUAAAGGCCAGCCGGAUGAAGAGGAGUCUGCAGUACGAUUUUGACGGCUGGUAUCCCCUAGACGUCAGCAACCCGAUGGCUGACGAUCCCACGGUCGGGUACCAGCCCCCGCCGCUCACGCAGGUCCACUUCAGCGCCGAACCGAUGGCCAAGAAGCCCAUGUACCCGGUGAGGCCCGAGAACCCGCCUGUGUUCGUCGUGCGGUCAGAGAAGGUACAGCCCGAGUACGACUCAGUUUACGGCACAGAGAACAUCGAGUACUUCCACAUCCAUCCGCAGACCAACAUCAUUCGAGCCUUCCGGUCUCCGUCGCAGAGUGUCGGGGCGAUUCGCUUCAUGUCUGCUCCACAGUUCGGGGAAGGCGAGGAGCAGGCAGAGACUCCUGGCUCUCCGAAGACAAGCGGCUCAGAGGACCGGAACGCCACUGACAAGGAGCUAGCGUUUGCCGAGCGAGCAGAUGACUUCGCGAAGGGAGAGGGAAGGAUUCAGUUUCCAGAAGGAGCAGCAUACGACGAUAACUACGAGGACGACAUGGAUGGGGCGUUCUCGGAGAUCCACCCGACGAUGGUCAGAGGUCGACCUGGCCACAUCUUCCAAUAUUCUUCAGGGGACUAUGAAGAAAGACCUAGCGUGAUACGUCGACAGGAUUAUACAGGAAAUCGAGAGGUCGACAGGACGAGAUCCAGAGUGGCUCUGUACGAGCUGUUGGGUAAUCAAAAUCCGGAGUCCCAGAUCGAAGAGGCUCCUUACCUAGGCUCUGCCACAGAUUCCGCGGGAGCAUCAAACAUCCGCAAAGUCCUGCCACCAACCUUUUUCAGAAACCUGCCCAACCGUCGCCCCAGCACCACAAGAACCAGCUCCGGCCGAACGCCUACAAGGAGAGGUGGGAUCGACUACGAUGAAGUCUCCCCGAGCUCGACCCGGUCGUGGUUCCUCAUCGAAACGCGAUCUGAGAGACCAAACAAAAAGCGGGAGCCAUCCAUAGCCUCGUACAUUCACCCCGAGACCCACACGAGUGAUGAAAAGAUCCACUACAAACCUUACGGGCCCGUCUCCUAUGUCCCUAGGGGGGUGAAGAGAGGCGAACACAUCCACAAUCCUCACUUGGACGACCACAUGAAUUCCUACAAGCCCAGCACUAGUCUCACCGCCAACAGUCUCUCGGAACUCCUUCAGAUAUUCCGCUACACCCAAGUGACGGACUCGCCCAGGGUGAGGGGCGCCACUGAUAACCCUGUGACCCUGAGGGAGUUCAGAUACACUCGGCCGACCGAGGAGCCUCCGACAACCCCGUCGACCUUCUUCCCGAGCAGCCUGAGGUACACCACGCCUCCAGCCUCUGCAGACGAGCCCUCGACAGAGACCGCGGUCACGGAGAAGGAGCAGGGCAAUUUCUUCGACGCCGUGGCCGACACGAAUUCCCUCGACGGGUACCUCUUCUCAGACUCGGAAGCCAGUCCUGAGUACGCCCGCCCGCAGUUGCGCCCCAACGUCGUCAUCAUUGAGGGCAAGGACUCGCAUGAGUCAAAGGGCGUCGUCAGAGAGAGUUCGACGGUGAGGGUUGUCAGCUCCUCUUCCGCCACCUCUAGGCCCGCUCCGAUUGCCGAAAGACUGCCUGAAAAGACAAACUUUGAGGAUCUGGAAGUGAUCUUCACUGGUUCCAAAUCCUUGUCGUCGCCUCUUUAUAUCAUUCACCAAGGACAUUCUAAGGUCAGGGUCUUUGGCAUCAAUUCCGCUGAAGAUAAGUCUCAGGACGACUUUGAUUUUAAUGAUCAGGUGAUCUUCUCAACCUACAAUCCUACGUCGUUGGAGAACACCACCUCCACCAGCUCUUCCACCUCCAACACUACCUCCUCCACCUCUACCACCACCUCCUCUACCACUACCUCCUCUACCACUACCUCCUCUACUCCCACUCAAACCACCAGCACAACCACGUCCACCACCAUGGAUAGCACCACCGGAACUCCCCCUACUGCAACUACCACCCUUUCCACCCUUUCCACCCUUCCCACCCUUUCCACCCUUUCCACCACACCCUUUCUCGUAGAUGAAGGCACCGCCACCGAUGCAACCCCCACAGACACGACCCCCGAGCCCAGCACGCAGAUGGUAACAGAAUACGAGCUUUUACCCGUAGGCGACAAUGACGAGUAUGAAUAUUACUACUACGACGAUGGCGUUCUUCACGACAUGGCGGUCGGGGACGACUACCGCUCCGAAGGCGGCGUCAGGCCAACCCUCAAGCUGCCCAACCCCCCUCUGCCCCGGCCCAGUCGCGAAGCCCACGGAGCGCCAGUCAUCUCCUCUCCGCUGGACGCUCCAGGCUUCAGCGCCUACCCGAGCCCCGCAUCCUUCUCGUACCUCUUCCAGGAGCGGCUGCCGCACGUCGAACCCCUUCUGCCCCAACAAGGGGAGAGUGGCGGCGCCCCAGCCCAGGCCCUUGCCAAGGACACCCUCAGUGUGCCCAGAGCAGUCUUCUUCACUAAGAGACAGCCCGGCGGCCAAAGCACCCGAGACGACGUCCAGAUUUCGCACCCUUUCGAGUACCUCUCCGAGCUCUCCCACCUGGAGAAAGAGCUGAGGAAGCCCUUGCUGACGACGGCCGCGCCCUCGGCUCACAGCCCUCCGCAGAUGAAGAGAGUCACCUCAGGCCUAGCUGACGCGUGACUGCUGUUGUAGAAGGUUUGCUUAUGUAAAAUAUGUAUAACAAGUUAGCGAUAGCACACAGGAUUCUAGGAGAAAGAUGAUUUCCUGUAAGAGGAAGGACAGGCAUGUGUGAGGGGAAUGCUAGGACCUCCUUCAUCAUAGCAGACUAUUGCAUUAUAUUCUCUGAAAUCAAGCAGAAAGCAUCAGGAUUCCUAUUUAUUUCUUAUGUUGGCCUUUCUGCUGGAUACAAAUCACAAAGCUGGAAACUAGGUUUUAUCCAAAUAAAAAAAAUCUUUGUCCAACCUAUCUCUAAUAUGCUUUUAAGCCUAUGUUUAAAAAGUGUAAAAAGAGGUACAUGUCAUUCCAGAAUCUUCACUGUGAGUGUCCUCUGUAAUAGUUUUUCUUUCAUGAAAGUGUUCUGUCAGCGUGUGACACUGCUAACCUGUUUACACAUCAAAUUCUUGUCAUUCUCUGUAAAUCAACAAUAGGUUAAGUUCUUGUGUAUUACUUUAGUAAAAACUGUAAACUUGACAAUCAGGAGGCUAUUAUCCAGUGGUUAAAGAAAUAAGGUGAACGGAACAAACAAAAAAAUCUGAUUUUCUCUCCAUAAUCAAUUCAGGAACAUUGUGUCUAAUUCAGCAAAUUUCUAAAAUUUUCAGGAACUUAUUCAAUUUUGAGUUUGUAGAUACUGUCGUAGCACAAAAUUGAGCAGUCUCUCAUCAGUACAAGAAGCCAUCCACCUCAUCCACUGGUAAUGUCAAUCAGUAUCAACAGAUUAUCUUUUUUUAAUUCAUUUGUUGACUGGCCUUUGUGUGUCUGUAUUUAUGUUCUAUUGGUUAACAAUUUAAUCACAAUGUCUACAGUGUACGUUAUAAGAAAAUAUGAUUCUAACGAACCUCAAAACUAGUAGUCUUUGUAAUGUUAAGAAACUUCAUUUGUAUUAUCAUGACAUCCCUGUACUAUACAAGGUCAGCACUGUUAUUUAUUCACAUACUGAUCUGAUCCAUACUGCAAAGUAGGCGUCCGAGUGAUGUCAGAUUGAUAAAAAAACAAAAGGAAAACUUACCUUUCGUUUCUUCCCUCUUCCUUGGGAGAUACACACCUCUCAAUUGUUCAUAUAAGUUUUAUUUCUAUAUGUGUUUAUCUUAUUUUUCUUCAAUUGAAUCUAUUUUCCUCCGUUGUUCCUUCAAGCUCAAAAAUAUUAAAAAAGAAAAUAACAUUGGGCUUUACCACUGGACCUGUGUUGUAGCAUGUCCUUUGGUCUGCCCAAGCUCAAGCAACCACACAAUUCACUCAGAAAGCAGUGGUUGUUCGUUACUUCUCUGACAACGCACUCUGACAUUAUGCCAUUUACAAAACGGUAUCUGAGCGGACUCAAAGGGAAAGCCAUUAAUGCUGUAUAAUUUGUACAUACAUCUCACUGUAGAAGUGUCUUUAAAUAUAACUAGGUUGAAUGCCUUUCAUCUUGAUAUCAUAAUUAUAAUAAUAAUUGAUAUUAUUAUUACUAUUCCUAUUAUUAUUAUUAUUAUUAUUAUUAUCAUUAUUAUUAUUAGAUUAUCUUCUCUCUACUGAACAUUUCAUAACUUGUGUCCUUCACCUGUAUAUUAAUAUGUUACUGUUAGGUGUUUAUUGUUAGUAUAAAUUUUAUCCUGUUUACAUAAUGAAAUA